GUGACCCGGAAGUAUUUUUUUGUUGCUAACGAGACACUUAUCUAAGGUCGUCUGCUCGUCUUUCACGCUACUGAAAAUGUCCAAAUUACAGGUGUUGAAUGCGUUUCUUACUCAGAAAUUAACAGCGGUGGCUGUGGAGAUAUUUGGGGCAGUGGAGAAAAUGAUAACAGUGUACGAGGAAGAAAUGUCCCGCUCAAAUGAGGAGAGCAAACGACUACAAAGACUACUGGAUUCGGCUUACAAACCAGAGAUAAGAUUACAUAAAACAGAACCCCAGCAGCUCACUGUCCCAGUCCCUGAGGAGGUUCCCUCUGAGCAGCAGCACUGUGAGCAGGAGUGCAGCCCAGGUCUGGAGCAGGAGGACUCAGACCCUACACAGAUUAAAGAGGAACAGGAGGACCCAGAUCACACACAGAUUAAAGAGGAACAGGAGGAGAUCAGGACCAGACAGGAGGAAGAGCAGCUUCAGGGGCUGGAGUCUGAUAUCAAAGAGUUCAUAUUCACUCCUUCCUGUGUGAAAAAUGACUGUGAUCAGUACCCCCCUCAGCACUCACAUCUUUCCCAAACCCUAACAAUGCAGACCAGAGAGAGGGACUUAGUAUGCAUCAGCACAACUACAGAGAUGGAAACUGAACCUGAUGGCGAGGUUUACAGGGGAACAGAAUCAAACAGUUACUCUCCACCCGUCCCUGUAGUAAAUGGAGCUCAAUGUGAAGUCGGUGAAAAUGUUAACGGGGGGGUGCCAGUCUUAAAGCUACUACCAGUGUUAAAGCUACUCAAAUCAAAGAGAAUGUGGACAAAUGAGAGACAAAAUUCCAGUACCUCUGCAGAGGGCUGGAAAACCGAUGCGAUGACCAAUCAGAAAUCAGCCAGUCAUGGCAAUGCUGCUCCUUGUUGCAAAGUGUGUGGGAAGUCUUUUAAAUUUCUGGUGGCUUUAAUUAAUCAUGCGCAAACAGUACAUGCAAAUGAUGCAAAACAUAUGUGUGGUGUGUGUGGAAAAAACAUGAACUCUUCUCAAUGUAUGAUAGAACACCAACAAUCUCACAUUGCAGAAAAACCUUUUUGUCAUAUUUGUGGCAAAUGUUUCCAUUGUAAUGCUAAACUGAGAACGCAUAUGCGUGUCCACACAGGAGAGAGACCAUAUUGGUGCCAAAAAUGUGGCAAAGGCUUCAGGCAGCAGCAAAACCUGAAAGAGCAUAUGAGGACUCAUACAGCGGAGAAACCGUAUCGGUGCGAAGAAUGUGGCAAAUGCUUCAAACACUCAAGCAGCCUGACCGUGCAUAUGAGGAACCACACGGGGGAGAGACCAUAUAAGUGCCAUUUUUGUGAGAAAUGCUUUGUCUCAGCAAGUAAACGAAGUCUCCACCAACGGAUUACAUUGGAAAGAACUGGAAACUGUUUCAGUGCAGCCAGUGCAGCAGAAGCUUUAGUCAUGUGGGGACCCUGAGAAAGCACAUGAAGAACAUGUACAAACAGUGCCCCCAAUUCCAAACCAACACCGCACCCCAAGCGACUCACGUUGCGUUCCUUCCAAUGUCACAUGUUGCUGAAUUUAGAGGGUCACUUUCAGAAUGGAGAUUCUAAUUAGCCCCUAACCCCUCAAGAAUUUUCACUGAUUCAUCUUUGGGAGAACAAUGAAAUCUCCUGCAGUGAUCAUUCAGUGACAGAAGACAUGUAAUGUACACAGAACAAUGUAGUGUGAUACAUUUAAAUCUUAUCCAGAGUGACAUACAUUUUAUUGCGUUCAUCUUAAGGCGAGGUUUCCCAAAGUAGGUCCUAGGCCUCCCCGAGUGCACGUUUUUGUUUUUUUGCUUAGCACUACACAACUGAUUUCAAAUCAUCAAAGUUUUAUGAGGUGUUGGUUAUUUGAAUCAGCUAUGUAGUGCUAGGGGGAAGAAAAUAAAAAAAGUUCACCCAGGAGAAACCCUUUGAGAAACCCUGUCUUAAGGUAACUAGGUGAGACAAGACCAUAUAUCACAGUCGUAUAGUGUAAAAAAUAAAUAAAUAAAUAAAUAAAUAAAAAACAUGUUUAAAAGGUGAAGAUGCUGUAAAUCUACAUAAAUGCAUAUAGUGACCACUGAAUUGCUGUUACUGUAGGAUAGACAGUCCUACACCGUUCCACAUUCUGUGAUAAUUUAUUUUUGAAUUCAUUGUUUGUUUUUUGUCUACCAAGCUGAGAAUAUAUGGACAAUCUGUGCUGUCAUGUAGGAUGUUUAGGAUGUUCAUGUAACGGUGUUGUUAUUGAGGCAUAGUUUUACUUUGUCUGUAAUAUCUCUGCUGUGAGAAAAAUGGAAAAUAAGUUUAAAAAAAAUAAGCGCUCUCCUUUGUCUUUUGCCGCCAUGCAGCUUAGCAAAUGUUAAAAUAAAAUAGAUAUUGAAUUGAAAUAAUUAAAAAAAUAUGUUUUGGCUUUAGUGUGUGUGCUUAGGCUACUUAAGGCAUUUAAAUCUAUUACACGAUUAACUGAAUUGAGAACAGAGACUGAAUGCAAUAUGACAUUUUAUUAAAUAGUUUGGGAAAUGGCCUUCUCUUGAGGGAAGAUCCUCGGAGCCAGAUGAUGUGAUUACAAUUAAGAGAAUUUGGGUAAGUUUGACACAUAAAUACAUUGCAAGAGUUACUCCCAUUGGUUGAGAGAGAGGUUGUAAUUGUAAGUAGUAAGCAGAGUAAGCAGAUAUGUUAAACAGCGAGUGUGAGAAAUGUACAUUUUUGUGCCAUGCUCAUACUGUAGGCUAUAAGGUAAGUAGGUGUAUGACAUUUCCCACGGCUAACAGAAAAGAGAUAUGAUGAUAACAUGUGUAACCGCUAACAUACAUUCCCACUAAGCACAUAGAAUAGGAAACUGAAUUAUGUAUUGCAUAAUGUAUUAAGUUAGUGAGUAUUCAGAACAGCUUAAUGAUUGACAUUUUUCAAACUACAUUGAGUAUGAGGAUCAGGAUGAGUUAUAAAGUCCUCAAUAUCCAAAUUCAACCUCUGGGCUAUUUCACAUCAUGAUAAACAACUUAUUCUGCAGUCUAAUGGAAGUGUGAGAGCCAUAUUUGAGCACUGACAAAAUCCCAAACAGAAGCUUUUACAGCCCACUUUACCCCAAGACACACCCCUAAACUUAAAACCUAAACAACCCACUUGGCCAGGAUGGUCAAACCCCAUUAAAAUGUGGUGUUAAAUCUUGGUCUUUUUGCCAACCCUAACUCUUUUCCUAACCUUAACCUAAUUAUCCUAGCCUGUUACAAAAAGUCAAUUCUGACAGACUAUACCCCUUCAAGACAUAACCAUACAGCAUUGUCCUUCAGUGUUGUAAAUAGUCCCUAACCACGUUGCCAUCCAGUUAUGAGUAAAGUCAUACUGUAUUUAAACAAAUAAAAACGACAGCUGUGAUGGAAACAGGAAGUUUCGGUACGAUUUAAUAAAUGCCGACAGAUAAUUAGUUAGUUUAACAUGGUGAUAGAUUUUUGUGUCGGUAAAAUUAUUAAGCGAGAAAUGGCGCUGCGAAUGCUUUUAU